UGCUUGAAUUGAUUUUGGAUAAAAAUAUUGGAAGUAUGACUUACAUUCGGAAAAAGUUAGUGAUUGUUGGAGACGGAGCAUGUGGCAAGACAUGCCUACUUUUUGUGUUCAGUAAAGAUGAAUUCCCAGAAGUUUACAUACCAACAGUAUUUGAAAAUUAUGUAGCAGAUAUUGUUGUAGACGGAAAAGAGGUUGAAAUGGUAUUAUGGGACACUGCUGGUCAAGAUGACUACGAUCGACUACGUCCCCUUUCAUAUCCUGAAACAGAUGUUAUUCUAAUGUGCUUUUCAGUAGAUAAUGUUGACAGUUUGGAGAAUAUAUCGGAAAAAUGGGCACCAGAAGUUAAACAUUUCUGUCCAAAUGUUCCCAUUGUCUUAGUUGGAACCAAAAAUGAUUUAAGAACUGAUGAAGCAACAAGACUUGAACUGGCAAAAACUAAACAAGAAGUAGUGAAAGUAGAAGAUGGUCGUGCCAUGGCUGCACGUAUAGGAGCUUUUAGUUAUCUGGAAUGUUCCGCAAGGACAAAUGAUGGAGUUCGAGAGGUAUUUGAAGAAGCCACACGUGCUGCCUUGCUAGGAAAAAAGAAGAAAAAGAAGACCAAGUGUAAAAUAUUUUGAAAAAUUGUGAUUUAUUGGAUGCUAUGUCACUGUAAUAAUACGAUGUGAAAACAACAACAUAAACAAAGUGAAGAUAAUUAUACACUUUUUUCUUCACAAUUUCAUGUGCAAAAUGAAAGGAACUUUAUUUUCAAGUUGGUUUAGACCAUAAAAUAUAUUUUAUUAUUUAUUCUGUUAUAUUAAUCACAGACUUUAACGGUACAUGUAAACCUUUUCCCUUAUAUAGACGUGUUUUGGCGGCUUUUUGUCCCCCCCCCCCCUUUUUAAGGCCUCAAACAGUGAAAAAAUGCCCUAUUUACAAUGUAGGCCCCGAACACUGUUUUUCGUUUGAGAAAUGUUGUUAAAAAAAGUGACCACUUUUUCUGUGCUGUCCCACAUCAGAAAAAUACAUCAGGGGGUUGGCAGAAGGGGGGUGUGCCCCCUUCUGUUUGGGGGAUUUGAAGGGGGCAGUAGUCCCCCUCAUCGCAAAGAAAAUUUUGGACAUGUGAAUGGCUAAAAAUGUUCUCAGGUCGAUCUUAAGGUGAUGUGUAACCAACGCUGAAAAGCCUUUUACUCUAUCUCAUUGCAUUUAGAAGUUGCAGCACUUUGAAAUAAGUUUUUAUGGAAAAAAAAAACCAAUGCAAAAUAGUGAUUUUUCGCAAUUUUAAGACAUCCCCCUGUUGCCAUGGUAACAGGAUAUUUAAGAUUGAGCAUGUUGUUAGAGAGGUUAUGAUUCAGUCAACAUAUGUGCCAAGUUUCAUCAGUAUUGAAGCAUUUUUUAUAGUUUUAUAGCAGUUGGAACUUGUAACAGGAGGCUUUUCAAUGAAAAGUUGAAAACAGCCAUUUAUCACACAAUGCUCAUGGGGUAAAAGGUUAAUUAAAGUCUGUGUGUUAAUGUAAAUUGCUUUCUGAGUUCAGUUAGUGUAUUUAAAUGAGAUUGCGUGAAUUUUCAUUUCAGUGUUUUUUUUAGAACUAUUGUAUUUCUGGGUACUAAUUUAUUAAUAUCAAAUACUGAUAUAUUGAUCAAAUAUUGUUUUGAUAAAAAAAAACAAGAGAAAAAAACAAACACUUUUUGCUUAAUACAUAAAUUGAUGUGUUAAAACUGUUUCCUUGCUUCUAUUUUUUCAAACAAAAUUAAUAUCAUGAUAAUCAUGAUAAUUGUUUACAGUGAAUAAGUUUUAAUAUUCAUAUCUAAAGACUGAAGGUAAAAAAACUCUUUAUUCAUAAAUCAGAACAUUUAUCAUACCAUUAUUAUACUGUUAAAUAUAUGAUUCUAUGUUUUCUUAUUUGUACUUAUUCUUUGUUCAACAACAACAAAAAAGCCUUGUUUUAUUUGCCCAAACAGUAUAUCACUGUAUAUACAUGUAUGUUGAGCAUUUCUUUACAGAAAUAUGGCCACUUGUGUAUUUAUAACUAAACAGAUAAAACUAUAAUAAAUAAUUUUGCAGGGUGGAUGUACAAUUUAAUGUUAACAGUUUAUACUUAAGGUGAAAUUUGAACACUUAAAUGUUUAUAUAAGCUUACCUUAAAUUUAUCUAAUAUAUAAUAUUUUUGUGUGUAUUUGUGAAAGUAUUCUUUCAUAUUAAUGUGCAAUCCUUUGUGAUUUGUACAUGUGUUACAUGUAUAUACAUGUAUGUGUGUGUGUUAAAUUUAUUUUAUGACAUUUUCUCUGUAGAUGAAAUGAUAUGUUAUGUACAUGUAAAUAAACUAAAUAUGUAAAAAAAAUGUUAAAUUGAAGAAAUAAAAACUAUUAUCUAUUAUGUAAAGAAUUGUUGUUAUUUUCUCUCAGCUAAAUAAAUAUUGUUGUAUAGAUCUUGUUUAUGUGCAAGUUAUCCAUGCUAGAUAAUCGUUUUAUUUUAAUUGCAUACCUUUUUGAAAAAUUGAGACUGUAUAGAUACUGUUUUUGCAUAAAGUCAUAUCAGUCUGUCCUAAGACCAGACCUUAUCCAAUUAAUAUGUCAUUAGAUUACAGGCCUACAGUCCUUGAAAUAUGUAUAGAGGUUAGUUUUGGUAUAUAGUAUGUAAUAGUCCCUGGCUAUUUUAAGGUCAGUUCAUGUUGGUCCAAGGUCACUUAACAUUAAGUACUUGCAAAAGUUGACAGGAAUUUGAAACUCAAGGAAUUUGGGAUAAAAUACAAACACUUUAUUCUAUUUGUUCUAAAUUUCUCCUAUAUUACUUAUGUUAAGGAAAUGUUUGGGCAAGACGGGAGUUUACAAAACUGUAAACACCCAAGAAAUUGAAAACAUCUGACAAUGUUGUGAAUGAUAAACAAUUCCUAUUGAAAAUAUGAUAAGUGUAGAAGCAUGCUUUACCCUUUCUAAUAUUCCAACAAUAUAAAUACAUUUGCACUAGUUAGCUGGUUGUAGGCUAAGGCCCCCCCAUUCCUGGGGAAUAUUGGGGACUCUGACUUUUCUGAUAAGAGGGACAGUCAGUUGAUCACUGGUCUGUGACUUUCCUGCCAUUCCUGGGGCAUAUUGGGGACUCUGACUUUUCUGGUAAGAGAUCACUGGUAAUGUGACUUGGCCAUUUCCCUAUCAGUUUUGGCACCAAAAAGAAACCAUUGCAUUUACAGUGCAGUGUUGUGACAGAUGAUGGAAUAAAACUCAUUUGAUUGGCGUAUAGGCUUCCAUUAAUUGAAAUUUGGGAGUCAUUUACUCCUUGAUUUUGGCUUGUGACUUCCAAAUGAUUUUCCUUCUUUACCUAUAUACAUUGUGUACAUGUAAUGUGACUUCCAAUGUCAGACAUUUUGCAGUCUCUGACUUCCAAAUUUUGGAACUUGAUACAAUGAAUUCAGAAAUAUUACCAGUUGAUAAGAAACAACUUGUAAAUGAUGA